AUGUACAAUUUUCGGCGCCUUCUUGUAUGUUCAUCUCUUUCAUUGAUAUUAGCUUUCACUUUUCAUAAUACUCGUCUGGAAAACCACGUAAUUCGCACUGUGAGCAACAUAGGCCCCUGUUCAUGUAAAUUGGAAUGUUACUCGUCAACAGACUGUGCGUCUAUCAACUAUAAAUGGGAAACUUUUCACUGCGAGAUCAGUGCCGACGACAUGGCAUUGGGUACAAUGCAAACGUCUGAGUUUUAUCACUAUUCAUCCCUUGACGACAUUAAACAAGAAUUCCCAGACCCCUGUUGUGGUAUAAAAUGUGGUCCACACAGUAAAUGCGUCCAUACGUUUAGUGGAAUUCAGUGCAUUACUUCAGAAUGCGGGGAACCCCACACCGUUAUCAAUUCGAACACGACUUUCCAGUCCAGCAAGCGUGCCUUUGGUACAGUGCUUAUCUAUCACUGUAACAACGUAUCGACACCUAGUGGUGACCUUACCUCUAUAUGUCAACUCAACGGAACUUGGUCCAAUGUCACGGGGAGAUGCGAAAAUAUAGUUUGUGGAGAAGUUCCCAGUAUACCAAACGGGAACCUGAGCACUGGAUCAGAUGUAUAUUCUUCUAUCCGGAACAUCACGUGUUAUACAGGUUUUAACCUGACAAAUACAACAAAUACGGUCACGUGUCAGUUAGACGGAGAGUGGUCCUCUGUCAAUACCGCCUGUGUCUACGAAUGCCCUGGUACAUUUUACCACGAUGAAGAAAAUAGACUUUGUAUACACUUUUCCAAUGAAUUGAAGACCUGGGAUGAUGCUGAUAAUACAUGCAAAACGUACUCGCAACGACUUAUAAAUAUCAACACUCCAGCACAAGUCACUCUCUUAAAGAACUAUCUAAGAAGCUUGGUGAGUGUAGAAGAUAACGAUGAUAUUUACAUUGGAGGGAAGCUGGAAGGUGACGUCUACAGAUGGGUGGUCACCGACCAAAUCAUAGACUCCUCUGUAUGGGAUGAUGGGUAUCCGAGUGCUAUGAAAAACUGUACUCUGUUCCAUGACACUCAGCAUCUCAGGGACAAAGAGUGUACAAAACUUUACAAGUUUGCCUGUGGAGCUUUUUAUUAA